AUGAACGAUCCUGUCAGAGAGUCAAUCAAACAGGUGGAUGCAAAUACCUGGCUUAUCGGUCCGCUACAACUCCGUCGGUCAAAAGGCUAUUCUGAUACCUGUACCUGGUACGAUGAAGGCGACGAUGUCAGCUAUACUCUCACCAACGCAUCUGCCCCUCCGCCUCCAACCGUACCGUUGUCGGAGAAUGAUCCGUUCCGAUUAGUCUACGAUGUCGGCGAUAGCUCGGCAGUCUGGUCGGUAGGAAACAGCGCUUUUUGCAAGGUCAAACUUCGCGUUCUUGGUACAACACCAGAGGCCGCAACAUUGUCAUUUGUUCAUAAACUGCGGCCUGAUUUCGAAAUCCCUCAGGUCUUGCACCACACCGAACUAGGUGGUCGGUCUUAUCUCUUUCUGAGUAGGGUGCGAGGCCGAACCCUUGCAAAUGCCUGGUCCACGCUAGAUGAAAAAUGGAGAAAUCACUACAUGAACGCCAUAGUGAACAUCUGCAAAUUCCUCGAGAGUCGGGAAGGCGACAUGCUUAGUGGCGUGGAUGGGAAAAACGUCCUUGAGCCGUUCCUCAUCAGAUACGGGGCGGAGGCAGACUAUACUCCCCAAAACCUCCAACGAGAAUGUGCUUUGAUGGAAAUGGAUUGCUCCAAAUUUGUAUUUUAUCAUGCUGAUCUCGCCCCUGGAAAUAUCAUUGUGGAGGAGAUUCCGGAGACCGGCGACGUCGGUAUCAUUGAUUGGGAGGUUGCGGGUUUUUUUCCUAGAGGAUGGAUUCGAACCAAGUUUCGAAUAAACAGUGGACUGGAUCUUCCGGACUCAGCUACAGAUACCCCAUGGGAGUGGAGGUCGGGUGUUCAAAAGUUGCUUGGAGCGCAUGGGUUCGUAGACCACGUUUCGCAAUUCGAUUCAUUAUCACUUUGA